CUUCCCUGCGACCGAGAGAGAUGGGGCCGGCUGUGCUGUAAGGACGGCGAUCAGAAGAAGGAAGACAAGGACGAGGAGACCAGCGAGAAAUCAGAGGACAUCAGGAACAAGCGGAAGGCAGAGAAGGGAAGGGAAAAAGAAAUCCACGUCAGGUGGAAGCAAGAUCUAGAACAAACCGGUCGGGUCCACAAUCUGUUUUCCUGAAAGAAAAGAAAGUACCUGAGGCUUGCCUUUUUUUUUCCCCCCUUUGGUUUAUGAAAACAACUUUCCUCAUUAUAAAAGAAAAGGCCAAGGGGAAGUAAAGACAAUCUCUGCCUUAAUAGGGGGAAGAGCUGAAGGGAAAUCUAGACUAUCUUUUUGGUACAUAAGCCCCAGCCCGGUACACAGGGCAGAACCAUCCUGGUUUCUGAAGAUCUACAUCCCUUUCGGGAGAAUUCCAGAGGGAGUAACUGGUACAGUUCUAUUUUUAUAUUUAAAUAUGUAUGUCUCUUUUUUUCUUACUUUUUAACAACACUUUCCUUGUUCGUAAGCACGAGUGACAAGAAAGUGUCAAUACAGAAUCGGAAUAUUUUCAAUUUCCUCUUUUAUCUGCUUGUGUCUUUUUUAGAGGGUAGGAGUGGUCCUUAUUUCGGAAAAGGACGUUUUACUUCGAAAGGCUAAAUAAUUUACACACACACGCACAUUUAGAAAGGGAGAUACCUUGUGGAAGUUGAAAUUCUCUUAAGAAAGAUGGGAAAAGGCGCCAGACACCGAAACAACACUGAAAAGAACCACCCAGGUGGGAGCGAGUCGGAUGCCAGCCCAGACACUGGCUCUGGAGGGGGUGGAGUAGCCCUGAAGAAAGAGAUCGGAUUGGUCAGUGCUUGUGGUAUCAUCGUAGGAAACAUCAUCGGCUCUGGAAUCUUUGUCUCACCGAAGGGCGUGCUGGAGAACGCAGGCUCCGUGGGCCUGGCUCUCAUCGUCUGGAUCGUGACAGGUGUCAUCACAGCAGUGGGAGCUCUGUGUUAUGCUGAGCUGGGGGUCACCAUCCCCAAAUCUGGAGGUGACUACUCCUAUGUCAAGGACAUCUUCGGAGGACUGGCUGGGUUCCUGAGGCUGUGGAUUGCUGUGCUGGUGAUCUACCCCACCAACCAAGCUGUCAUCGCCCUUACCUUCUCCAACUACGUGCUACAGCCGCUCUUCCCCACCUGCUUUGCCCCAGAGUCCGGCCUUCGACUCCUGGCUGCCAUCUGCUUGUUGCUCCUCACAUGGGUCAACUGUUCCAGUGUGCGAUGGGCCACCCGGGUUCAGGACAUCUUCACAGCUGGGAAGCUCCUGGCCCUGGCCCUGAUCAUCAUCAUGGGGAUUGUACAGGUCUGCAAAGGAAAGUACUUCUGGCUAGAGCCAGAGAACGCAUUUGAGAAUUUCCAAGAGCCGGACAUUGGCCUCAUCGCGCUGGCUUUCCUUCAGGGCUCCUUUGCCUAUGGAGGCUGGAACUUUCUUAAUUACGUGACUGAGGAACUUGUUGAUCCCUACAAGAACCUUCCCAGGGCCAUCUUCAUCUCCAUCCCACUGGUCACAUUUGUGUAUGUCUUUGCCAAUGUCGCUUAUGUCACUGCAAUGUCCCCCCAGGAGCUGCUGGCAUCCAACGCGGUUGCUGUGACAUUUGGAGAGAAGCUCCUAGGGGUCAUGGCCUGGAUCAUGCCCAUUUCCGUUGCCCUGUCCACCUUUGGAGGAGUCAAUGGGUCUCUCUUCACUUCCUCCCGGCUGUUCUUUGCUGGAGCCAGGGAGGGCCACCUUCCCAGUGUGUUGGCCAUGAUCCACGUGAAGCGUUGCACCCCAAUCCCAGCCCUGCUCUUCACGUGUAUCUCCACCCUGCUGAUGCUGGUCACCAGUGACAUAUACACACUCAUCAACUAUGUGGGCUUCAUCAACUACCUCUUCUACGGGGUCACAAUUGCUGGACAGAUAGUUCUUCGCUGGAAGAAGCCCGACAUCCCCCGCCCCAUCAAGAUCAACCUGCUGUUCCCCAUCGUCUACUUGCUGUUCUGGGCCUUCCUGCUGGUCUUCAGCCUGUGGUCAGAGCCGGUGGUGUGUGGCAUUGGCUUGGCCAUCAUGCUGACAGGAGUGCCCGUUUAUUUCCUGGGUAUUUACUGGCAACACAAGCCCAAGUGUUUCAAUGAUUUCAUUGAGUUGCUAACCUUGGUGAGCCAGAAGUUGUGUGUGGUCGUGUACCCUGAGGAGGAGAGGAGCUCGGGGACAGAGGAGAUGGGUGAGGGGGUGGAGGAGCAGCGGCAGCCCAUCUGCCAACACACUCCCACCAAGGAGAAGGAUGCAGUGGAGCAGCCCCAGGCCUGAGGACCGCCACACCCCACCCAGCUGACUCUUACCUCCUUGAUACCCCCUUUCUGCCCUACUUCCUGCUGGAUCCCCUCAAUACACACACAUGCACACACGUCCCUCUGCUCCUGUCGGGCAGGACAAGACCCGGGUGUGGAAGAGAGAAACUGUAAACAAAGACAGUGGCAUUUGUACCCAAAGCACCAGCCUCUCAUUCCCGGGGCCUGUGUGCAAGGCCCCCACACAGGGCUGUCCAUGCUCUGAGCAUUUAGAGGAGAGUGGAGAUGCCAGGAGUGCCCCACAGAGGCCUCCCUGCCGGGCCCAGGCCCUCAGUUGCCUCCCCAGGAACCCGAGUUCAGUACUGCCCUCCCUGCCUUACCUCCCCGUUCCUGAGCCCCAGGGAAGGCCUCAGCUCAGAGAUGUGGCAGCAACAGUGAGCUGCUUGGGGAGGGGCAGACUCCAGCAAAUCUGCCACUAUUAAAGGUCAGCUGGAGAGACCUGCACCCUUCUCCCUUCACCAGGGACCGCUUCCCCACCUACCCCCACCAUUCCUCCCCACCCCCACCUGGGCUCCCUUGUCCAGAGGGGGGUUCCUUUCAGGACACCACCUUCCCCUGAGCUAAGGACCAAGGAGAAGGAGUACUGCCCCCUCCCCAGGCCUGUGGAACAUAUUGGGAAAGGCUCAGAUUGCAGAAACCCAGCCCUGCCCCUGCCUCCUGCAUCCUGCUCCCAACCUGGGCCAAAGCUUCCUGAAGCCAGAAAGACUUCUUAUUUCCAAUGUAGGGGACAUCUGUCUCCUAAUGACAAAGCACUCAGCUCCUCCCCCACAAACCCCCCUCCCCCCUGGGAAGGAGCAGUUACCCGAUUCUCCCUGCAGCUGCACCCCACAAACCCCCACACAGCACUGCUGGUCACCAGUGGUCAUGCCCUUCUCCUCCUCUCCGGACCUUGGCCCCAGGACCCGGUAUGAAGAAUCCCCAAGCCCUUUAGGCCUGAAAUUGGAGCUAAAUCAGCCUUAAGUUACCUCCCAUCCAAGAACUGGGCCUAAAAAUACCCCCUUAUUUCUAACCCUCAGGACAGACCUGGUAUUAAAUGCCUUCCCUAGGAGGGGGGGCACUUCCCCACGUCCCCAACGGUGCCCCAGAGACCACAGAGCCUGUGUGGAGAGAGUGUUUUCUGAAGGCCUGCUCCUCUUCGCCUUCCCCAAUUCUAUAACCCCGCCCUCCUUCCCAGUCUCACCACCCUUCCUGGACAGCCUCCAGGGCAGGAUGCGAGGGCAGUGGCAGAAUAGCACCCACUUUGGAGACCCCCAGGAAAGUCCCCUUCUCUGGUCCCCUCUUGUAUGUGGGCUUCUGGCUGUCCUGCUUUUCCCUGUGCUCCAGAGGAAGGCCCUGAGCCUUUCGACUUCCCCAGCCUUACCUGUCAUGCUAAGGACAUAGUAUCCUUUUAUUCCAAACCAGGAUACCCCCCACCCCACCCCGCCAACUCCCUAUUCCCUCGGCUUAAACUGGAACAGCCAGGGAACCCCUCUCGGACCAGGCUGGAUCUCCCAUCUUCCCUCCCAGCUUGCCUGACCCAUUGUCCUGAGAUGCUGGGUUUGGUCUGGGUGGGCGCCGGGCGGGCUGGGGUUGGCCUCUGGAAGGUCAGGGGGUCACCCUCUUGUUCCCUCUCUUCUCAUUCCUCCAACCUCCUCCCUCCUUCAGUUACUGUUUUUUGUAAAGUGGAUGCCUUACUUUUUGGAUAAAUAUUUUUGAAGCUGGUAUUUCUAUUUCUUUUGGGGUUUUUUUUGUUGUUGUUGUUGUUUUAAUAUAAGGUUGUUUUGAGGAGGUGGAAUUAGUUAGAACUUGGAUAAUGAUCUGUCUGUGAGUUGGUUUGGGUUUUAGAGCUUUGUUUUGUGGAGGAUUAUUUUUUCUUUUGAUGUAAUAAAACCUAAAAUGGAAAUAAAGUA